AAGAAUUUGAGGUGUUUUAAAAGAAACUUGUGAAAUUUUCUCACAAAAAUUAACUCUCAUAUUUACUUUAGGCUAAAAUUUUAGCAAAAAAUAGUAGAAAAAUGAAGAUUUUGAUACUAAAAGUGAUCAUACUUUUAUUGGGCGUUAACGGAAUUCGCAGUGAAUGUGAUGUGUGUCAAAGUACUAAUUUUGUCGCCUGUCAUAAGGAAAACGAAUAUUCGUUAUGUAUCAAUGGUGUGCCCACCGAAGAUUUUAUAACAUGUCCUGAAAAUUAUGUUUGCACUCCCGAUCCUUAUGUUUGUUAUCCCCUGCCUGAGGCCAAACCCAGUUGUGUGCGCCACACCCAUUUGUGUGGUGUUUGUAGUGAGAAUAAGGUAUAUGCUUGUAUAAAUGAGACAACAAUUGCCUUUUGCUAUGGCGAAGAUAAACCUGUCGAAGGUGCCGAUGUUUCCUAUUGUUUGGGAGAUACUGUAUGCGAUAUUUAUAGUACAAAAGGAUUUUGUACUGAAAGUUAUUUGGCUAAGCCAAGUUGUGUAACGAAUCCAAAUGAUUAUGAUUACGAUGAUCCGGUAACAGUAACCACAACUGCAGAACCAACAACGACAAGCACAACAACGGAACCAACUACUACAACUACUAAGGCAACUACAACAACGACCACUACAGAAACGACAACUACAACCACAACAACGCAGCCAACUACAACAACCACAACGACAGAACCAACUACUACAACUACUGAGGCAACUACAACCACUACGCAGCCAACUACAACGACAGAACAAACUACUACAACCACGACCACUACCGAACCGACAACUACAACCACAACAACGGAGCCAACUACAACAACCACUACGACAGAACCAACUACUACAACUACAACCACAACAACUGAGCCAACUACAACAACCACUACGACAGAACCAACUACUACAACCACAACAACGGAGCCAACAACUACUACUACAACUGAACCGACAACUACAACCACUACAACCACAACAACUGAGCCAACUACGACAACCACAACAACUGAGCCAACUACGACAACCACAACUACAGAAUCAACUACUACAACCACAACUACCGAACCAACUACUACAACCACAACUACUGAAUCAACUACUACUACUACUACAGAACCGACAACAACGAGCACAACAACAACUAAACCCUCUGGUCCCGUUGAUCCGGAAGUUUUUUGCAAAGAUGCCGCAACAACUGGUUCAUUUUAUGCAGGCGAUCCAAAAUGCACUACUUUCGUUUUGUGCUACGAGAUGAGCAAAACAAUUCAUGGAAUGAUUAAGAAAUGUCCAAGUAAUCAAUAUUUUCCACCGGGUGCAGAUAAGUGCUCAUCGCAUAAGCCAGAUAUUUGUGUAUACUACUUACUUUUUCUUUUAGUGAUUUGUGUGGCCUGUGUUCAGACUGAUUGUGAUGUGUGUCAAAGUUCAAAUAAUGUGGCGUGUCAUAAGGAAAAUGUAUUUUCUUUAUGUAUUAAUGGCAUACCUACCGAAGAUUUCAUAACAUGUCCCGAAAAUCAUGUUUGCACGGCCGAUCCUAAAGUCUGUUACCCCCUGCCCGAGGCUAAACCUACAUGUGUUCGCGAUUCAAAUCAGUGUGGUGUUUGUAGCAAGAAUAAAGUCUAUGCUUGUAUAAAUGAGACAACAAUUGCUUUUUGCUAUGGCGCAGAUCAACCUGUCGAAGGUGCCGAUGUCUCAUAUUGUCUGGGUGAUACCGUUUGUGAUAUUUAUAGUGAAGAUGGUUUCUGUACAGAAAGUCGUCUUAGCAAGCCAAGUUGUGUUAUAAAUGAUGAUACAACAACAGAAACCUCCAACACAGAGUCAACACCCCCGACCACAGAACCAUCUACCACAUCGACAGAUUCUAUAACUGAAACUACAGAUCCUACAACCAUAACUACCGAGUCUAUAAUCACUACUACAGAGAUACCAACUACAACAACAUCACCAGCACCAACAGUUCCAUCUACACCUCGCGAUCCUGAUACUAUUUGUAAAGAUGCUGCUACAACUGGUUCCUAUUAUGCAGAUGAUCCCACUUGUACUACCUUCGUUGUUUGCUACCUUUCCGGAAACUCGUUAGCUGGCAUAAAAAAGAACUGUAAAGCAGGUCAAUAUUUUCCUCCCGGUGCUAAAUUUUGCGCAGCUCCUAAACCAGACUUAUGCAUAUAACUUUAUGACAUACAU